AUAGACAGUCACAGAAUGCCUUAUUUCACACGACUCAUUUUGUUCUUGUUUUGUCUGACGGCUCUUGUGGACAGCAGAAAGCCCAAGAGGAGGAGAUGGACAGGGCAGCCAGAAAUGCCCAAGCCAAGUCACCUGUAUAAGAAGAACCUUGACGUGACCAAAAUCCACAAGGGAAAACCUCAGCCGCUUCUUAGAGUAGAGGACCAUGAUUUCUCCAUGAGGCCUGCCUUUGGAGGCCCUGCUAUCCCGGUGGGUGUGGACGUGCAGGUGGAGAGCCUGGAUAGCAUCUCGGAAGUGGACAUGGACUUCACCAUGACCCUGUACCUGCGGCAUUACUGGAAGGAUGAGAGGCUGGCUUUUCCCAGCAACAACAACAAGAGCAUGACCUUUGAUGGCCGGCUGGUAAAGAAGAUCUGGGUCCCGGACGUCUUCUUUGUUCAUUCCAAAAGGUCAUUUACCCAUGACACCACCACUGACAACAUCAUGCUGAGAGUGUUACCGGAUGGGCAUGUGCUGUACAGCAUGAGGAUUACGGUCACUGCCAUGUGCAACAUGGACUUCAGCCACUUCCCCUUGGACUCCCAGACCUGUUCUUUGGAGCUGGAAAGCUAUGCAUAUACAGAUGAAGAUCUGAUGCUGUAUUGGAAGAAUGGGGAUGAAUCCCUGAAAACAGAUGAGAAGAUCUCGCUGUCUCAGUUUCUGAUUCAGAAAUUUCAUACCACUUCCAGACUGGCCUUCUACAGCAGCACUGGCUGGUACAACCGUCUGUACAUUAACUUCACGUUGCGACGCCACAUCUUCUUCUUCUUGCUCCAAACCUAUUUCCCUGCCACCCUGAUGGUCAUGCUGUCCUGGGUGUCCUUCUGGAUCGACCGCAGAGCUGUGCCCGCCAGAGUUUCACUGGGUAUCACCACCGUGCUGACCAUGUCCACCAUCAUCACAGGAGUGAACGCCUCCAUGCCCCGCGUGUCCUACAUCAAGGCGGUGGACAUCUACCUCUGGGUCAGCUUUGUGUUCGUGUUCCUCUCGGUGCUGGAGUACGCAGCCGUCAACUACCUGACCACGGUGCAGGAGCGGAAAGAGAGGAAGCUUCGGGAGAAGUUCCCCUGCAUGUGUGGAAUGCUGCACUCGAGAACCAUGAUGCUGGAUGGAAGCUACACCGAGUCUGAGGCCAACAGCCUGGCUGGGUACCCAAGAAGCCAUGUUCUGACAGAAGAAGAAAGACAAGACAAAAUAGUGGUCCACCUGGCUCUGAGCAAUGAAUCCAACUCCUCCAGGAAGAAGGGGCUUCUGAAGGGCCACGUGGGUCUUCGCAUCUUCCAGAACACCCACGCCAUUGACAAGUACUCCAGGUUGAUAUUUCCGGCCUCCUACAUAUUUUUCAACUUAAUCUAUUGGUCAGUGUUUUCCUAGGAGCCCUGAGGCUAUGCCUGGGAAAGGACAUAGACAUCAACGGGGCCUGGCCAGCCGUCUGCUCGUGGACCUGCUGCGCACCUCUUCCCUCACCAGAAGGAGCAGCCGCCCCUGGACCACCAGCUCCUGGACCACCAUGGCAGUACCUCCUCUCAGAGGAGCCCAGGAGCCCUCCAGCUCCCCUUUCCCUGAC